CCGCUACGUAGCUCGGUGACGUCAGACGCAGGGCCCGCUGACCAAUGGGGAGCCGCCGGGAGCUGACGGAAUCAUGGCGCUGAGGGAUCGGGAGCCGCUGUUGAGGCCGGAGGGGUUGGAUUGUGAAGGAGAGGCUGUUCUUGAACGAAAGAAAACUGGAAGGGAUAGUCAUGAAGUCGCACUGACAUUUGAAGAAGCUCUUGAAGAAACAGGUUUUGGCACCUUCCAUAUAGCUCUGUUGGCUAUCUGUGGGUGGGCAAAUGCUAGUGAUGCUGUUGAAAUACUGUGUGUGUCAUUUCUGCUUCCCACUGCUCGCUGUGAUCUUCACCUUAGCUCAGCAGAUAUGGGUGGGCUUACAGCAAGUGUCUUCCUAGGUAUGAUGAUUGGGGGAUACGUGUGGGGAGUUCUUGCAGACCGGCAAGGCCGUCAACGAAUCCUUGUUUUCUCAUUGGCAGUGAAUGGCAUCUUUGGCGCAGUGUCGAGUUUGGCAUCUAAUUAUUGGGAAUUCUUGCUAUUGCGAUUUAUUAGCGGAGUUGGCGUUGGUGGCUCCAUACCAGUCAUAUUCUCCUAUUUUUCGGAAUUUCAACCUCGGGAUAAAAGAGGCUGUAUGGUCAGUGCUUUGGCUACUUUCUGGAUGGCAGGGAACAUUCUAGCAGCAGGUCUAGCUUGGCUGGUUAUUCCCAGGACUUCACUGUCUUUCCAGCUGGGCUCUCUACACUUUCAGAGCUGGAGGCUUUUUGUGAUACUGUGUUCAAUACCCAGUCUAUCCUCUGCAUUGAUUUUUGCUGUAGGGAUGCCUGAGAGUCCCAAGUACUUGAUUCAGGCUGGUCAGGGGGUCAGUGCUAUCCAAGUUUUCCAGCGCAUGUUCUACUGGAAUCACCGUGGGACAGCCCGUUCAUUUUCAAUGUUAAUGACUCUACAGGAUUCUGAUGUCUUGACAAGGGUUCAGCAGCUGGUGAUUCCUCCUCUUGAGAGAAGCAAUGCAAGGUUUUAUGAAAGUCAUACCAAUUGGUUUAAGCAGCAGCUAAUAAAGGGAUUGGAUCCCAUCAGGAAGAUUCUUGCCCAAAAACUGCGCACCACAUCAAUUACUCUCUCCAUCGUCUUCUUCAGCAUCUCAUUUGGGUACUAUGGUCUGUGGAUGUGGUUUCCGGAGCUUCUAAAGCGGAUCGAGACCGGAGGUGGUUCUGCUUGCUCGAGUAAUCAGAGCAGCUCCGGUGAAAAAAGUGUGGAGAAUGUCACCUGUUAUCCGGUGAAGACAGUAGUGUACAAAGAAGGUUUUAUAAUUGCUGCUGCCAAUCUCCCUGGUAAUAUCUUCAGUAUCUUACUGAUGGAUCUACUCGGAGGCAAAUUUCUACUCUGUGCAAGUCUAUUUCUCUCAGGAAUCUGUGCAUUUUUCAUCUGGGAAGUGAAGACCAAAACACAGAACUUGAUAGUGUCCUGUGUGUUCAGUGCCAUCUCUGUCAUUGCCUGGAACUCACUUGAUGUCAUUGGCUUAGAAUUGUACCCCACUCACCUACGGUCAUCUGCACUUGGAAUUUUCACUGGUAUCAGCCGUAUUGCCUCUAUUGUGGCAAACCUGGUUUUUGGCCUGCUGGUUGACAUGAACUGUGCUAUAACCAUCCUUCUGGUUGCAGUAAUACUUUUCAUCGGCAGUCUGGCAUGUUUCAAAUUGCCAAACACUAAGCACAUUGAAUUGAAUUGAGAAGAGUGUUGAAGUUACUGGAACAUUCAUCAUUGGUGCCUUUACAAAUCAGCUCCAAUUAGUCCUUUGCUAGUGAACAUGCCAGAAUGAGAUGCAAUAUGCUCAGAGGGGGAAUAUGGCCAUUUUCAUGACGGAUAACUGCAAAGGAAGACCAAUAUUUUGAAUGGAAACAAAUUGUAGACUUGACAAACAUGGCAAUGUGAUGUUUUUCUCAUGUACCUUAAAAUAAGGGAUCUUCUACUGAUACUCAAAAAGCCUUGCUUGGAAAUAAAUGCCAUGCAGGUUGUGUUUUCAAAACUUAAGUUUCAGGUUCAGAUCACAAAACUUUGAUCACUCCUUCCUAGGUUUGUACUUUGUUCUACUGCUGAACUCCCACCAUAAGCAGGAAGGUUCAUGUCUCAUUUAGUAACAGUGAUGAGAUAGGGAAUAAAGGCAAAAAAGCGUACCUGUUACUUUUGAAAAGUGUUAGUCCGGCUAAAGAAUCAAGUUUCCUGAACAGGACCAACCCUUUGUUUAACAUCAUUCAUCUCACUACCAAGUCUAGCCCCACUGUGCAACAUUUACAUGUUUACAGAGUCCAAAUGGCUUAGGAGUUCAAUUUCAAAAUGGGCAAAUAUCAAAAUUGAAUAUAGUUAAUAAGAGAAAGUGAUAAAUAGACACACCAAUGGAGAGUUAUGACACAAGACAUAUUCUUAAAACUCUGCUGGAUUGCUCAAUUUGCAUUAUAUAUUGCUCACAAUCCCUGGAUUGCUGAGCUACUAAGGCAUUGUUUAAGCAGCAGACAAGUUUUGAAUUAGUUUUCCAAUCCCUCCUUUCGGAUCUCAUGAGUGUCCCCAUUUCAUUUACUCAAUUACUGACAGCUGUGAUCUCUCCUAUCCUUUAAAAGGAAUCCAUUAAAAAGAAAACCUGGGACCAGGCUUGUAACAUUUAAGCAUCUGGGUAAUAACCUGUCCAGUUUGAUUAAAAAGAAUUAUGGUCACCUGACCAACUACUCCAAAACCUUAGUGGCCAAUAUCUUGUGGCUGUUUUGUUUGAUGUCUUUAUAAAUGCACCUUUAAUAGAUGUUAAUUGAAAAGUAUUGCACAUAGUGCCUGUUGUUAUGGACCGGACCAGACCAGACCAGAACCCCUCAAAAAUAUUUUGUUAGCCAAGACCCUGACUUUUUCUUGUACUAAAGGCAAAUAUAAAGCAGUGUACUGGAUGCAGUUCAACUGGUCAAACUACACCAUUAAGCAAAACAAUUUAUUCAAACAAUAUAAUUAACAUAGCAAAAGAAGGAAGAACUUAGAAUAAUUGAUAACUAUUACUAAUUAACUGUUCUAAUAUAGUAACAUUUUGUAAGCACCCUUGACAAAUUCAGAAAACAGAUUUCUCACAUGCAAAGCCCACAGUAGCAACAGAAACCUCAUCAUCUAGCUAUAAUGAGCAGUGGGGGAAGAAAUAGGUUCCACUUCAAGACAGCACCAGCUUUUGCCAAAUCUAAAACGCUUAAAAAAACAAAUCCUGGUCUGGGAGGCUUGGCCAUACCAAUCCAGGCUGCUUCUACUGUUUCAACUUCUAAAAAAACUUAAAGGGUUCAGGCUGUUUACAUGAUUAUGGACUGCUCACCACCUCUUGUUCAAUCUCUCCAAGUCACAGCAUCAUCAUCAUCAUAGUUGCUGGUACCAUAUUUUCAAGAGGAAAAAUGCACUUGCAUAAAUGUUGAAAUAUUCACAGGAUACCAAACCAGGGUUGUUAUACUUAGAAUCUCAACCUAGUGCUUCCUGCUGAAAAGAUGGUGCAAUCCAGAAUAAGAAAUAGGAUAGGCCACUUGGUACGUCCAGUUAUAGAAUCAACGCUACUCUCUAACAUGCACCCUAAACCCCUUCAUUCUCUGGUAAGCCAACAAGCUGUCUAAUUCCCCCGCACCCCCCACUCAGCAAUCAGCCAUCAACACCUCUCAGAAGAAACACCAUCCUGGUUUCAAGUUGGAAAGGCCUUUUUAAAAUUGUGCCCACAGUUCUGAAUUGCCACACAAGGGGAGAAAAUCUGCAAAGGGGCUUUUGAAGGGGUCAGUGCUGAAAGGCUAUAUGCCAUAAAUAAAUAAAACAGGAAGUGAUUUCCUUUGAACAAGGGAAAGAGCAAAAGAGCACAUUUUAUUUCAAAUGCAGGAUUGUAUUACAAUUGAUUACUGCUAAAUCUAGUUGAAUGUCAUUGUCCAAAGCAUUCACUAGAAGACUCAAGCUGAUCAGAAUUUUUUAAAAAGGUAGUUGUUCAUAGAAGUAGUGCUGCGAGGAGACUCCAUUUUCUGUAACCUAGACUUGGUUUAGUAUUUUUAAAAAAAACAGAUCCUGAUAAUAAUUGACCCUGGUAUUUCUGUGUUGAAGACUCUAUCACACACAAUAAGCAACUAAUGUUUUCCUUCAACUUUUCAAAUAUGUUUUGAUGCAAAAAAAGCAGUGUCCAAAUAUAGUCAUUAACUGCAGAGUGAAAGACGGUGCCUUAAUUCUUACCCAUUUUGUUUAAUCUCCCUUGAUUUUGUCUGACUCUAGAAUUUACAACAUUCCAAGAAUCCCUUGAUUUUGUCUGACUCUAGAAUUUACAACAUUCCAAGAAUAAAAAGCUUCCUCCCAAUCCUCUUCUCAGAUUCGUGUGUAGAAGAGAAUCAGAAGUGUGAUUAUGGACUGAUCAGCAAAUUAGCUAACCCUCAUUACCCUGUAAAGGGCAAGAAGUCAUGUAAUGCAAGCUCAACUCCACUUCAGGAUGUGACCAGAGGUGUGUGUGUGUGUGUGUGUGUCUCUCCAGGGUCAAUUAAAAAUUAAGCCUCAUUGAACUGCUGGAGUCCCAGCAACUCUCCCAGUGGUUGAUAAAAAUGGGAGUUGCUUGUUGAGCUAAUUCAGAGGUCAGCCAGGUGUCAAAUCACAUUGUAGUGUGUACAUGUGGCCAAGAAUCCUUACCUAAAAGGACAUGGUUAUUUCAUGGAUUAAUAUUUCCCAAUUUUAGCUUAUUAAAAGCUCAAUUGCCAUAGUGCAUUUUGAACUGUGCCAGUAACAUUUCUGGUUAAGCCUGUGAAACUGAAACAAUGACCCUUAGAGCAUUUAUUAUCAGUAGAAACAAAUGUCUGCAAGUGUACUUGACCUUUAAUAAACUGAAGAUCAGUUCUGGCCAGGAAAAUUGUGGACAGCAGAUGUAUUUUAUGGAUCCUAAAUGGGCAGUUAGCCUAGUGUGGUGAUCUCAGCAGCUUGAGGGUAGUAUUCUGCUGUCUAGCCCCUUCAUCUACAAUCUGGAAGGAAGCUGCCUUCUACAGCUAAGCACUUUUACAUGCUUUUUAGGGCCUGGUAUAUCACCCAUCUCAAUUACACACAACUUGCCAACCAAGACUAGAGGGCCAGGAACCAAGAUAUCAGAGAAUCGUCAGUUUUCAUAGUUAAUUACUUUAAAAGUUACUUUUUAACCUCAUGCAGAGGGUUAUUUACUAGCCUUUACCAGACACUUGUAAUCAAGAGGACAAGGAAAAUAGCAUUCUACUGACUCAGGAAUAGCAACAAGGAGCCUGAAAGGAGGCUGACAUUUUCCAGAGUGCACACACCACUGCUCUGCAGAGGUAAUAAAAUGUGAGG